AUGAAGCUCUUACCGGUGGCAAUAGUUGGGUUAACUAAUAUACUCCCCAUUUUAGCCAAUCCUAUUAAAGCUACAUUAUCACCAGAAUCUAACACUGUGGAAACCUCAAGCCUCUACGUGGGAGACAGUUUAGUGUGUAAUCAAGAAGGUUGUUAUCCUAAAUUAUUCGAAGCCGAUAACGAUUGGAAAACUGUAAAAGAAGGGCAAGUGUUACCAGGAGGGCUAGAUAUUAGAAUGAAUUUGGAAACUGGUUUAAAAGAAGCUAAGUUGUCGGACAAUACUGCACACACGGAUACUCCAAACGAUGCUAAUGCUGUGGUACCUGUAUCAGCUCCAUCAGAAGAUACAGAAUACUAUGAAUUUACUAAUGAUUUCGAAACCGUUGAUAAGCUUCUACAAAAUUUACACAGCAGUGAAGAGGUUGUGAAAUUAGAGAAUAAACUUGAUGAUUUGAUAGUUUUUGCUCAUGACUACAAGCAUGGUUCCAAGAUUAUUACACAUGAGUUUGAGCUAUUGAGAAAUAUUGCUCUACAGCAGCAGCUGCCUACAUCCAUUAGAGAAUUAGGAGUUAGAAUGAUUGUGAGUUGUCUGAGAAAUAACCCUAAAUCCAUCGAAUAUGUGCAAGAUACCCAUCCAGAAUUUGUUCAUCAAGUUUUCCAAGAGUUGGAGAACGGUGUUGAAGUUUCUAAUCCUGCACCUAGUACUAUAGCAUUGGCAAAGAGGUACCUUUCAGUGUUAGACGAACUUCUUUCUUCCACUUAUCAUUUCACGAAGGAUCAAAUGUUAACUUUAAAAAAGAUAUAUGAAAUUCAGGAUAAACAGAUCAGAAUCAAAGUAUUGGAAUUGAUUUCAAAAUAUUUUGGUCCCACCCAGCAACCUCAUUUGAAUAAAAGAGACAUUGUAGAUACAGCUCCAAACGUCAGCGAAUGGGCUCAAGAGUUACAAAAAUGGAUUCAAGAUGAUGGUAUUGAUGAAAUCCACACGAGGAAGUUCUUUAACAGUUUGUACAAUAUCAAGACUCAGUUGGGAUCAGAUAUCAAGGUAGAUUCGUCAUUCAUCAAUUGGCUUUCCCAUGAAACUGAAAAAAGGAAACAAAAUGUUGAGAAUCAAAACCAGAAUAGAGAUUUAGAACAGGAUUCCUUCGAUAAAAGAUUGAUCGAAAGUAGACAUUUAGUCUUUGGUAAUCCAAUGGCACAUCGUGUAAAGCAUUUCAACGACGAGUUGUAG